AUGGAGAGCAGUGGGCAAGCAGGCUUUCGUCGACGUGUAAAAGAACGGCUGAAACACCCUUUCAAGUCCCCUGAAUCCAAGCUCCAGGAUACAUCCGCCCCGAAGAACAUCUGUGACAUGCAGUGUACUCUACAUCAAAAGUUUGAGCAUGAAAAUCAAGUAAAGACAGUGGUCUUCUCCCUGGAUGGCCAUUUAGUGGCAUCAGGCUCAUGGGAUAACACAGUUUGUCUCUGGAACACCAUUACAGGCACCCAGAAAAGGCUUAAGCAUCAUCGUAACCCUAAUACAGUGGUCUUCUCUCCAGAUGGUCACUUACCGGCAUCAAGCUCAAACGAUAAAACAAUCUAUCUCUGGGACACUGUUACAGGCACCCAGCAACAGAGGCUUAAGGGCCAUAAAGGUACGGUCCAAGAAGUGGUCUUCUCCCCAGAUGGCCGUUUAUUGGCGUCGUGCUCAGAUGAUAAAAUAGUACGCCUCUGGGACACCGUCACAGGCACCGUGCAACAAAAGCUUGAGGGCCAUAGAUUUUCGGUCAGCGCAGUGGCGUUCUCCCCAGAUGGCCGUUUAGUGGCAUCAGGCUCACACGGCGACGUAGUGCGCCUCUGGGACAUCGCCACGGGCUCAUUGAAACAAAUCAUGCAUUUCAAGAACACCAUUUACAGUCUCAAAUCUUCCGAGGACGGUUUCUAUCUACAUAGCAACCGUGGCUCCAUACCCAUUAACUCCCCCCUCGACCUGCCCAUCCAUAUGUCAACAUCCAGGCAUAACCAAGUGUCUAAAGAGGGUGAAUGGAUCGUGAUGGACGGUGAGAAUGUGUUAUGA